AUGAGGAUGGGGGGAGUGAUUUUAAAAGUGAGGGAAUCAUUAAGGGUGUUAAUGUCUGAUUAUGUAGAUAAUCAGUUUGGAGAUCCCAUAAAAAUUGAGGAGGAUAAGGCAAAGGCUACAUCAUUUUUGAGACACCAUUUAACCGACAGUCUCAAACAUGAGUACACCAAUUAUGAGGACCCAAAAUUACUUUGGGAAGAGCUAAAUGAAAGAUUUAGCCAUAAUAAAAGUGCAUUUCAAAAAUAUCAUGAAUUGUUGAAAACAGUUCUUAUUGCGGAACAAAAUAAUGAAUUAUUAUUGAAAAAUCACAACAGGAAGCCUAUAAGGUGUAUGCCCUUUAAUGACACAAAUGUGAUUGAGAAAAAUGUGCGCUAUCGAGGUCGUAGGAACUAUUAUAUAAGAGGCAGAGGUCGUGGAAGAUAUCACGAAAAGAGCGGCACAAAUACCUUUGAACAAGGAAAUUUCUAUGGUCGUAGUCGUGGUCGUGGUCGUGGACUUGGCCUUGGCCGCGGGUGUGUCCACAUUUAUGAAAGAAAUCUAUUUGCCCCCCGGAAUGAUAAUUUUAAACAAGUCCAGAAACACUACAGCACAUGCAAUAGAUGUGGCAUGACUGAACAUUGGAGGCGAACUUGUCGUACCGCCAACCAUUUAGUGGAUUUAUCAAGCUUCCCAAAAACAAAGAAAAAGGGACGAAAGCAAAUUUUAUAA